GGAUAUUAAGAAAUCAUCCAGGUGGUGGUGAUUUACACCUAAAAAUGUCUUGUUGCAACAUUACAUAAAAGACGAAGAAGCGAGACUUGUUUUACAGUUAUAUCCUCUGAAAUCAGUACUCAAGGAUAAGAUGAUGAAGCUAAAGUCAGGUGUGUGCGCUCUAAUGGCGGUAUUUUUGCUGUCUGUCUAUAUUGCAGAGGUGAAUUGCGUCGAUAAAUCUGACAACAACAAAGUGCGGAAUGAAGCAGGGCCCCUUAUUGGAGGGUUAUCCAAGGUGACAUAUGCCACUUCAGAAGUGCAGAGGAUCUGUAAUGCGAUGAAGCCAUAUGUAGAAAGACGUGUCGGAAAGAGGUUUGCUGUUUUCACCGCCAAAAGUUUCAGCACACAGCUUGUGGCGGGAACCAACUAUUUUAUCAAGGUCCACGUCGGAGGGGAUGAAUUCAUCCAUCUGAGAGUCUAUAAAUCUCUCCCUCACAGUGGAGGAAAACUAGAGCUGAGUGGAAUUCAGACCUCUAAACGGCACCUUGACCCCAUUGUAUACUUCUAAACGAACGCCGACAUUUCUCUCAUCCAAACAAUUUGAUGCCGAACCUUUUGCAAAAUGGUCACUAUUAAUAUUGCCACACUUUGUUAUUCAAAUAUAUAUCCAAUCUAUAUUAAAGAACCCAAUAUUCAGCCAUUUCAGUGCCUGACUAUGAGGUUUAUAUUGUCAACAACAUGACUUUCCUGUGCUAUAAAGGUAUUGUUGCUAAAUAAUUACUCCUAGAUAUUCCAAAUCUGUUUGAUAAUAAAGGCAAAUUUCAUAUAUUAAAG